AUGCGGCGGAUGCCGGCCAAAUUUGGAAGUGCGAAAACCGCGAAAAAUGGGGGUUUGGGAUCGGAGAUACCUAGGCAUAUAGGGGGGUCCUACGGGCGCUUUGGCCAGCAAAUCGCGACGGUUUCGAGUCCGACUUUUGCAUCGACCAGGGUUGGAUGGAUGCAAUGCUAUUCACUUCUCCGUCGUAGACUAUUCCUCACAAAGACAGCAAAUCUUUUCACAACCGAGACCAAUGACCCAACCUGGCGUCUGGUUUCCUUGUUGAACCGUUCCCAAAAUGUCCAGAACGUUCCAAGAUACGCCCUAACUCAACACUUGAAAACUGCUAGAAUACCCUUAGAAGAAUACCGGUACUGGGAGGCCCAAAUCCACCAGAUCCCACGAGAGACCGUUCCACCAUGGGUCGCGCUACACCUGCUAUCUUCCAGGCAGUUUUCUGCAGCAGAAGCCUACGAUCCUCUGCUCGACCUUGUCAUUCUGAACCUACCGUCACUCCCCAAAUACCUCCAAUCCCAAAUCCUAGUCCUUUCCGCUGUCCACUUGGCCAGUUGGGGGAUGGCCAUCCCACUUAGAGACUUGGUUGAUGAAUUCGUCAAAUUAGGGCUAGUCAAGACGCCGGUGUAUCCAAAUCUCCAAGCGGAACCAACUUUACAACACCUCGUAUUGGACUCGAAUCAAUCCUACGACCUCUAUUCCAACCUCUUCCUCCGGGCACUCUCGCACAUCCCAGCCUAUUCUCCUCCCUACCACGAUUCCAUCACUUCCGUAUUCUCGCAGAUGACAUCAAACUCUUUUCAAGCCAAUCCUGAAACGUAUUCCUAUCUUUUGGGAUGCUCGACGUCCACCUCACCACCCCACACACCCUCCAGUUAUUCUGCACCACUUUCCAUCCCCCUCCUCGACUUUCUCCGCACACAAAUGGCCAUAUCGAAUAUCACGCCACUACCCGAACACAACGCAGCCUUUAAGACCUUCUGGACUAACCUCAGCAAACGAGUGCAAUCGAAAGACCUCUCCAAGAUCAGUUCCCGAACGCGCACGAGACGGCCCUCAGUUUCCAGGUACCCCACACGCCAGCGAAAAGCGAUGCCGGAGGAUAAGACGGGGAACAUGCCGUAUCAGGAGGCGUUUUCCAAGUUGGAGCGGGAGGAAUUCUUCACGAACGUGCUGAAGGACGAGAAGAGCCCGUUGGACCCAUUCUGGAUGGAAGCGGAAGCGGAAGAGGUGGUCGAAAUGGAGAACGAUGCUGGUGAUUGGGAGGACGGGUACCAAGCUCAGUUCGCGUUCCUCAACGACCCGGCGCUUCCAGUUCUUAAUCCCGCAAAGGUUCGAACAGCCAGGUCUUACAUUCGACUCUGGGAACGAAUCGUCAAACGUCGGCGAGAACGUCGAAUGCCCACAUUAUUCCCCUCGGGCGACACCUCGAUAACUCCUCACGUUAAGACCAACUACGAGUUAACUCAGCCUCUCAUCCGACUUCUCAAGGUAGCCGCGGAAGAUCUCAGCCUCGAUUCUGGUGCAUUCGUAGCGCUCUUCAGGCGGCUCACCGUAUCUCCCAUCUUCCCACCCCCGGAAAGCGAUGCGCGUCUACCUCAAUUUACGAGAGAAACACGUGUUCUACAGCCGACACUCAGGAGCUAUGUCUUGCUUCUGAGAGGCCUGGUUCUGAGGAAGGACUGGGAACAAGCGGACCGAAUCUGGACAUUCCUGUACGAGAGCGGAGGAUUCGAUUUCACAUUGGGUGACAGUACGCGGUACGAUUUCCUUCCCGCUGUUUGGCAGGCGGGGGAUAGUUGUCUUGAUGGCACGACGUUGAAGCAUAGAGAAGACGAGGAGGAGUUCAUCGGGAUUGGUUUGCAGUUGCUGAACCACCAGGGACUGGUCCGCAAGAGCUGGGAAGUGUUGGACGCCUUCGUGUCUUACCGGCGGAGCACGAUGCCAUUAGAAGACCCAUCUCCAUGGAUCUCCACCUCACUCCUCAACACCUACCUCACCUCACUCCGCCGGGCACCCUCCCCUAUAUCAAUUUCCCGCGAACCCGAACCUAUCAACACUUUCCAACUCAUUUUCACCGUCUUCGACCACUCGUACACCCUCUUCCGCGUCCUUCCAGAUGUGACGACGCUGAACAUCGUGUUGCAAACCGCCAAGGACGUCCGAACGUGGAGUGAAGGCAGCAUUAGAGGCCAAAUCGCCAAGAUCUGGAAAGGAUUCACGACGCGGAAGCAGGCACCACAGGCUGCGGGAUGGAAGUUGCCCCGGGACAGUCCGAGCCAGGAAGAAGCGGAGCAAACGACCGGGCAGGAGAUCAAGCGUUUGCUGGACCACGGUGCCUCGGCUAGCAAUCGCCCAGUGACCAAAGCGAUGACUGCCAAUGCGACGUUUUGGAGGAGUAGGCGACCAGAAGACACCGCGCGAGAUGUGUUCCUGCAGGUCAUGUUUGGUAUGGGCCUGGCUGCCCGACCCUCAUCUUACCCGACCACGGACGACACGAAACCCGAAGGCCCUCUGGCGCUGCUCACGUCCAUCAAAUCACCCGCCAGAUCCGUUCGAGAGUCUUGGGACUCGGCGGGAGGCAUCGUGGGCCUGGGCGUGGCGCUCCCCUCGCUCAAAUUGGAGAGCUUCAGAUGGGAGAACCGCAUUCGAUCCGGGAAGGGCAUCUGGCGCUGGCCGGCUCCGCCUAACUCGCCUACCCAAGCGUCUCUCCCUCGCACUCCCCGCGCUUACUUCCCACACCUCCCACUCGCGGAUUCUUCGCUCUUCGACUACCUCUCACUCCUCGCCACCACACCUCGUACCACGGAAAUCCCCCUCUUGUUCGCUUGGGCGAAGUACCUCGGUGUGAGACCGAGCGAAUCGACGGUGGCGCUCGCGUUGGUACUUUGGGGAGAAGUGAGCGCUGAAAGCCCGCUUGUAGAGGGGUUGGUGAAGGUUGGAGGCAGAGAUCGAAAGGCGAGUAUGGGUGCGAAAAACCCAUCCUCUGAAGGAGAAAUCGAUGGUGGCGAUGAGGCAAAGAUCUCAAGCACGACGAGGAACAUCGACGAGUAUACUCGGUUCGUUCUUUGGUUGGAAGACUGGUUAGGAGUUCGUCAGAUUCCCAAUGAACGCACCCUGGCCAAGUGGAGGUUGAUUGUCAAAAAGAUGAGGAUGGAGGGGUUUCCGACCACUAUCGUUUAA